AGUCUUCAUUUUCUUUAUCCGUUUAGCUACUCUCCGAUCUCUCUCUCUCUCUUAGGGUUUCCAACCUUUUUACUCUUUCAGAGACUUCUUGAAAAGCAUCGAUGGCGCUAGAAGAGGGUCAGAACGGAGGUGCUGAGAAGGUUGCCGUGGAGGUGUCUUUCAAGUCCUUCAAGCCACAGCUGUUUGUGGAGGCACCAAAGGCUAACGACGCCGUUCAAUUCUACAAGACCGCCUUUGGUGCCGUUGAAACUUGCCGUACUACUCAGCCUAAGCGCAAGGCAGACCAGGAGCUCCCUCACAUCGUCUCCGCUCAGCUUCAGCUCGCUGGCUCCACCUUUCUUGUCUCUGACCUCUCUGAUGACUCUGCCUCGACCAAGGCGGGGGGGACUGUGUUUGCGAUGUGCCUAGAGACUGAAGACGUGGAGGCUGCGGUGACCAAGGCGGUGGCCGCUGGGGCCGUGGCUGAGGGCGGGGUUGUGGAUGGUGAAGGCGCGUGCUGUUGUGCUGAGCGCGUGACCACGGUCAAGGAUCCUUACGGUUUCGUCUGGCAAUUCUGCUCUCCUGCCGAUAAGUGCGGUGCUAACGUGGAAGCUUAAAUGCCGUAUGAUCUUAUGAUAUUGGUUCGCUUUGGUUCUUAGUGUUGUCUGUCUUUCAUAUUUUACUUUGUAGUAGUGGGACCCUUAUAUCCGAGAAGUUCUCUGCCUAUUUGGAUUAGGUGAUUCGUAGGGUUAGUCUCGCCUAGUAGUGACAUGACUAUGGUUUUUUUGGUAAUUUCGAGAACUCCUUGGUGGAGAUAUGGAUGAAAUGUCUUUUUUAUCCUUUGAAGUACUGCUAUUUCCUGUUACAGUA